AUGUUUAUCUUACUCGUCUUCCGUAUCCGGUAUCCCUAUGUCACCAUAACCCUUCGUUACACACCAUUCACUGGAAAUCCUAUUAUCCUAACCUUAAGUUACCUCCACCAUCGCCCACUCUCUCUUGCCCCUCUUCUACCUUCUGUUACGACGACAAGCCCUAACAGUCUCCACAACGCUAACCGUCACCACCAGCGAAGAGGUGAUAAAAGAAGGGGACCAUUUGGAGUUGGAAAUCCAGGUCAGGUGGUGAUGGUGAAAUUAGCGAAUUUCAAGAAAGAAUUCGUUUCUCUUUUCUCAUACACUCGUGGGCGUGGCUACCAUUUUCAGGUGGUUGUGAGUGUAUGGAUUUGUAGUUUCAGGUGGUUGAGUGUAUGUGCUGCAGCAGGUUCACAUUCAACCACUUUUUAUGAACUGUCCAAGAAGCCACUUGUGGAUGGUGUGUCGGUGUCAUGGUUGGUGGAUGGAUGCACAACGGACCUUAGUAGUUGCAGAGACUAUCACCGGAGGCAUAGGGUUUGUGAAGCUCAUUCCAAGACACCAGUUGUUGCCAUAGCUGGCAAACACCAAAGGUUUUGCCAGCAGUGCAGUAGCGCCGGUGGUGUUCAUUUUCUUUAUGCAGGAAGAACAACGGGUGAUUGAACUAAAACUAAUAAUUAGACAUCAAGAAAUUCAAGAUGUUAAUAGGGCAAGAGAGAAGCUUCUCAAGCAGUAUAGUUGAACUAAAUGAGGCUGAAUGCUUCUCUAUUACUUUCUCAAAACUCAAGUAGCAGCCACUAUGUCUGAAGGUUAAUCUGCUCAAAGCAACUUGAAAAGUAGGCUUGUGUCUGCUUAUUGAACCUGUAAUAGUAAAUUUUUUUUUUUUUUUUUUUUUGUGUAUUAAGGUUUUUUUUUUUUUUUUUUUUUUUUUUAAUCACCUAGGCCCUGCACUAAAAAAUGAUUAAUAUUUUUGUUUAACGAAGACAUUGUUUAUUUUUUAUUCUUUCACCACUAUAAAAAUAGGAUAAAAUCAUUCCUACAUGU